CUCCACAAAAAUUUGACCGUUGGAGAGCUCUUUUUUUUUCAAAAGAGCAAAAAAAAAAAAAAAAAAAAAAAAAAAUACGGAGAGAGCUCCUCCUUCGAUCAUCUCCUUCACUUUCUUCGAUCUUCUCUCUCCGACGAACACAAAUCAAGAUUCCGACAGAAACCCAGAAAAACCGACGAGAUGGAAUCUCCGCAGGAGAAGAAAUCCGGCCUGAACCUGCCCUCCGGGAUGAACCAGGCCUCGCUUCGGCUCGAGACGUUCUCGAGCUCGUUCCGUGGGAUCUCGAGCUUGUCUUCACCUUCAAAAUCAACCUGCAGCGAUCGAUUCAUACCAUGCAGAUCCUCUUCGAGGCUCCACACCUUCGGACUCACCGACAAGCCGUCUCCGGUGAAAGAGGGAGGCAACGAAGCCUAUUCGAGGUUGUUGAAAUCCGAGCUCUUUGGACCUGAUUUUGGUUCUCCUUGUUUGUCUCCUGCAGGUGUUCAAGGAUCUGUCGCCUCUCCGAUGAGUCCGAGCACGAACUUGUUCCGAUUCAAGACAGAGCAUUCGAAUUCGGGGCCUGAUUCCCCGUUUUCACCUUCCAUUCUCGGAAACGAUAAUGGCUUCUCCUGCGAGUCGUCUCCUCCACCUAAACCGCCACGAAAAGUCCCUAAAGCCCCUCACAAGGUCUUGGAUGCGCCUUCACUUCAGGAUGAUUUCUACCUGAACCUCGUGGACUGGAGCUCACAGAAUGUGCUCGCGGUCGGGCUUGGCACCUGUGUCUACCUUUGGUCUGCUUCUAACAGCAAAGUUACGAAAUUAUGCGACCUGGGUCCUAGCGAUAGCGUUUGCUCAGUUCAAUGGACUCGAGAAGGUUCGUACAUAUCGGUCGGUACAAGUCUCGGUCAAGUUCAGGUAUGGGAUGGAAGGCAAUGUAAGAAAGUCCGAACAAUGGGGGGACACCAGACAAGAACCAGUGUCUUGGCGUGGAACUCCAGGAUCUUGUCAUCAGGGAGCAGAGAUCGAAACAUUCUUCAACACGAUAUCCGAGUUCAGAACGACUUUGUCAGCAAACUCGUGGGACAUAAAUCUGAGGUCUGUGGGCUUAAAUGGUCGCAUGACGAUAGAGAGCUCGCGUCUGGUGGGAACGACAAUCAGCUUCUGGUGUGGAACAAUCAUUCCAAGCAACCGAUUCUCAAACUGACCGAACACACAGCUGCGGUUAAGGCAAUCGCCUGGUCGCCUCACCAGAGCAACCUCCUUGUUUCGGGAGGCGGAACCGCUGAUAGGUGCAUUAGAUUCUGGAACACGACCAGUGGAAAUCAGUUGAACAGCAUUGACACCGGUAGCCAGGUAUGCAAUCUGGCGUGGAGCAAGAACGUGAAUGAGAUCGUGAGCACUCACGGAUACUCUCAGAACGAAAUCAUGCUCUGGAAGUAUCCAUCCAUGGCAAAGGUUGCGACCUUGACCGGUCACAGUAUGAGGGUCCUUUACCUCGCGGUCUCACCCGAUGGCCAGAUGAUCGUGACGGGGGCAGGGGAUGAGACCCUGCGCUUCUGGAACGUGUUCCCGUCUGUGAAGACGCAGACAACAGUGAAGGACACGGGUCUCUGGUCGUUAGGCAGGACGCAGAUCCGGUGAGCUUGGACAUGGACAAACAAUGUAACACGCUAAUUAACUCUUGAUUAAAGUUGUAGGGUUUAUAAACCAUGAUCAUUAAUUUGUAAUUAACUCCUCUUUUUUUUAAAAAAAAUAAUGUUUUGGAAUCAUUUGGAUAA